GGCUGGUCAAUGCUGACGCGCUCAGUGACGUCACCAUACGCGCCGCCCACCCAGCUAGACUUGAUGCUAUAGCGUCCAUGCUAGCCUGGUGCAGCAGCUCGUCACGCACAAACAGGUGACUUCCAGACAGUGCUGGUCCCCGCCAUGGGACCUGAGCGAGUCUUUCCAACUGCUGAGGACGAGGACAAGAGUCCAUGCGACGGAGGCCUGGCGGCGGGGGCAGUGUGGAGCGGUGGCGAGGAGGAAGAGGGAGGGGGACAGGUGGAUUUGGAGGAGGAUGAAGCCAACAACGCAGGUGGGUACUCGUACCAGCCUCUCAGCCAGGACGGGGACGACGGGGGGGAGGCGCCUUCUCACGGCGGGAGUCUGCAGCACAGGAUGGAGGUGAUGGGUCUGCACCUCCCUGAAGCCCCGCCCCCCGACAGCGAUGAGGAGGAGGACCCAGAAGGGGCGGCAGCAGAGAGAAGCCACGCCUCUAUCCCCAUGGAUGCUGCUCAUGUGGAGCUGGUGAAAAGGACCAUGGCGACGGUGGCGUUGCCGUCAUUGGGUGUUCCGCCGUGGGCCCGGGAGAUCUCAGACGACCAGUGGCGGGACGUCGUGCAGCGCACCCUGCAGAGCCGCCACGGCGUCGCCACCAUGCAGCGUACGCGCUGCAAUAACACCUGAGUGCCACAACCAGUAUGCCUGUGGUGAGUCACGACGUCUGCAUCAGGAAGGCAGCGUACCAGAGCGCGGAAGCAAAUUUGUCGUGAUGGAUUUCUGACAAGAAAUGUCAAGUCAUUCCUAAAAUUCAGUUUUCUUCUUCUUUUGACAGUCUGACAUGUAUUUUUAUCUUUUUGUGUAUGUGUGUGAUGAGCACGGCCGGUAAGAGUCCUACAUUGGGUGGUGAUCAGGAUUAACUAUUAAAAUGAAGAAUAAACAAUAUUCUAAGAGACUGGUUUUGCAGUUGUAGGCGUUAUUGAAUGUUCUGUCUAGUCCAGGGGUCGCCAACCCGUCGAUCGUGAGCUACUAGUCAAUCUUUGGGAGUUUGCCGGUCGAUGGCGAGGACAUAAUAAUAAAAAAAAAAAAAGUACAGUCAAACCUGUCUAUAGCGGCCACUAAAGGGAAACGGCAAAGGUGGCCGUUAUAGGCAGGUUGGCAGCCAUUUUGAAUUUGUGUGCGCACAUAUUAAAAUAAAAGUUGUAAAGAACUACUAGGUUAAUAAACCACUGUUAAUAAAGCGAUUAAAGUGCAUCGGCGACAUGAGUUCCCCACAACAAGGGCAAUUACAGUAUUGACCAGUGCACAUUGUCUCACCAAGAAAUAAACGAUGUCACUGUCUGCAACAA